GAAUGAGCAUAGUCGAUGAUUAACUUGAAGCACCUCGAAUUUUCCAACCUUGAAUUUUGGAUUUUCUUUACUCUAAUUUGAUUAUUCCCCAUGGUUUAAUUUAAUUUACUAUCUUGCACCAGUGCCACCAGAGACCAGGGACUAUCAAACGCUUCGUCAUCCUGUCCGAAUUCAUUCUCCAUCGUCUCCACCUUUCUCCUAUUCAUUCAGCUAUUUUCUCUCCCCAUUUCCCACCUAGACCUUCGUCCGACCUUUUCCAUCAAUCUAGAAUUCAGUCCUUAUUCUUCUCUUUUCCUUCCUUUCCUUUCCUUUCCUUCACACCUUCAUUUGUUAUCUUGCGUUCUUGCUUUGCGGCUGCACUGCACUGAAUUAUAUACGACACGAGCGAGUAUACUGUUGAUUGGGUGUCACUACGAUAAGAGUCGCUAGCAUCUACAGGAAGUGAUUACCGAAGCCCAGGCGAUAAUCUCCACAAGAGCCCGACGAGAGCCCCCAAAAUGCCUAGAAUGCCUGUGCACCGCUUUCUCGCGGUUGCGACGAUAGCAUUUUUCCUCAUUUUAUCAUACUACCACGAAAAUGUUUCCCAGACUUUCGUACCUGCCUUUAGGGAAACGCCACAAGAAGAGAAUGUAGCACCGCCAGAAAAGUCACAACCAACUGCAAAACAGGUUGCUCAAACUCAUGAAACACAACAAGCUCAAAUUGCACCAGUGGAAUUAAACAUCACGGAUGUUGACGAUGCUGCGUUCUUAGAAGAUGUUCUAGCGAGGAACAAUGUCGAGAUGAACAUCAAUUAUGCGAUGAGAACUAUACGAUAUGUCACAGACGCGAAGGAAAGACCGAUGUUGACGAAUACCAGCCAAGAAUUGUUUCCUCGUGGGUGGAAGAAGAUCAAGCUUUCAGAUGUUGAGAAGCUGCCGGCGGAUACAUUAGAGCCUUUGGAAAUUCACGUUAUGAAAACUCCACGACCAGACGAAAUUGACGCUUCCGAGUUGUUGUUUGGAGUUUCGACCACUUACAAGAGAUUCAGUGAUAAAGUUGAUGGGCCUGUCAAGGAAUGGGUACGAUGGCUCACAGAUGGAAAUGGCACAUCGAACGGAGCUGGUCUUGUUUUGCAAUUGCACGAUACCACCGAUGAUCAAUUGGCAGCUGCUCAAAAAUUGCUUACCGGUGUUGGAAUUGAUGCAACGGUCAUACACUCGGAUCCUUCGCUCGAUAUGCCGGGUAGAUAUGUCGAUUUGGUACCAAUUCUUUACAGCCAUCCAUCAAGGUCAAGCAGAAAAUACCUGUCGUUGAUUGACGACGAUACUUUCUUUCCCUCGCUUGGCGCAUUGAUGAAGGAGUUGCACAGUUAUGAUCCUAACGAGGAGAACUAUAUCGGUACUCUCACAGAGCGGGUGGAUUUUAUUAUGCAUGAUCGAGUUCCCAUGGCUUACGGUGGAGCUGGUGUUUUUAUUACUGCCCCUCUCGCACAAACUCUGAUUGGACUCCCCUGUCUCGACGUGGAUCCUUCCACGGGCGAAUAUACCGAAUCCGGGUUUCAGGGCGACCGACUCCUCUACCACUGUAUCAAAAACCAUACUUCCAUUACUCUGAACUAUCUCCCCAGACUUAACCAGCUCGAUCAAUGGGGCGACCCAUCCGGUUUCUACGAAGCUGGCCAUCAACCCCUCUCUUUACAUCAUUACAAAUCUUGGCAUCAUGCUACUCCUGAAGUAUCUCACAUUGUUGCAGAUGCUUGUGGUGAAGCAUGUGUCUUCCAAAGAUUCGGUUUCGACGGAGUAGGAUCAUCAAAGUGGGUUCUCACAAAUGGAUACUCUCUCGCCGAAUAUCCAACUGGUAUUCAUUGGGACAUGUCGAAGAUGGAAGGAACAUUUGAUCUCGGCGAUUCAGAUGUUUGGGCUUCUGGAAAGGAAGAUGUGCGGUUAGCUUUUGCUUAUGGCGCUCUUCGUGAGGGGUUGAGUUACACGGGCAAGAAGCGAGCCUGGGAGGCGCUUGGAGGAAGAAAAAGAGCUGAUGGUGUGGUGGAUAUGGUUUACGUCAAGAGGCGGGGUGACCAUAGAUGGGUUGGUGAACAUGAGAAUGAAGAAGAUAGGGAGAAUGUUGUGGUUUUGAGGUUCAUUCCAUAAGUUGGACCUCUUCUAGUUUAGGAGAAGGGCUACUUGCUGUCUUCUCUAUUACAAAUCUUUCUGGAUAUAGGUUUGCUGGAUUUAGGGGAUGUUUAUAUUCGUGUGUCCGCAGACAGUCACAUAGGGUUCUGUUGCAUAUCGGCGUUUUUGGGAAAAUGGGGUGCGGAUCAUCUACGCAUUGAAUGCUAGUAGAUUCUGGCUGGCGUUUUGGACAGAUUCUUUGCACCGAGAGAUGAGGAUGGCGAAGGGUAUCUGAUUGAAUUGGAUAUAUGUGUAUAUGGCUGGAGAUCUACGGUGGAUAUUUAUGGAUGAGACGAAACUUCGGUUUAUAGAAAUAUAGAUAGACUGAUGAUAAAUUAAGUGUACAACAAAAAUACCCUGGAGCAUGAUGCA